AUGCUUAGGUUUAGAAAAAAAACAGAUGACCCUUACAAAUUUAGAUAUUUCCAUGGACGUAUUACUCGUGAGGAAGCAGAGAAGCGACUUAAAGAUGCUGGAUGCUCGACAGGACUAUUUUUAUUGCGUGAGAAAUUACUAGAGAGUGGCAGCUACUCGCUGUCAUUGUGUUUUAACUCAAUGGUGUACCAUUACUCUAUUGAUAAACAAGAUGACGGCACUGUUGCUAUCGAACAAGGAAAACGCUUUAAUGGACCCAUUGAUUUUGUCAACCACCAUCAAGUGCAUCUGGAUGGAUUACUUUCAAAGCUGCUCCGACCAUGUAAUCUUCCACAAGGUAUGGAACCAGAGAUGGCUGAAGGAAUGAGCCGUAGUGCAUUACAAGCAGACAUCCAUCAGGCUGCCCAUGAUAUGGGAAUUGAUGACUUACCAGCAGACCAAUUGGAACGAACUGUGUUGAAAGUUAUCCAUACUCAGAAGCCUUGGUUCCAUGGCACGAUAUCUAGAGAUGAGGCUGAGAAGUUGAUUACAAAGUUCGGACUAGUGGAUGGGAAUUUUUUAGUUCGAGAGAGAGAGACUGCUGGUAGCUUUGCCAUCGGUUUAUGUUACAAGAAGACAGUAUAUCACUAUAAAGUAGAUAAAAAUGAUACCACCGGUAAACUGUCGAUUCAAGAUGGACAAAAGUUUGAUUCUUUAUUCAUGAUGGUUGACCAUUAUACUAAACGAAAAGACGGUCUAUUAACAACGUUAGUGAGACCAGUAGUUAAUCCAAAAAAUAAAAAAAAACAGUCCAGUACUUUUAAACAAAGAAUAUGGGGUGGAGCUAAUGGUGGAGCAUCAACAGGCACUGCAUCAUUGGCUUCACCAAAUGUCAGUCCACGCUUAGUACCUAAAGUGCCGCAUCACUCUAGUAGCGGGUCUUUGGAUUUUGAAAGUGGUAUGUCACCAAAGUUAACACCAAAAGCUCAGAGAAAACCACCAUCCAGUCCGCAUCUAUCACACCGUGGAGAUUCACCAACAUCUGACACUUCACCAAAUGGAUUAGCUAUUCCAGACUUACCACCACGACCUCUACCAAACCCUCCUCGUGCACGCAGUACUGCUGAAGAAGAAAUCUAUGGUUCGUCAGUUAGUAAUGCAGAGAAAAUAUAUGACAGAGUAGCUAAGAAGAAGAAAUCGACGGUCAUAGAUCCUCGAAACUUGAAGUUAAUGAACCAGUUAGGUAAGGGCAAUUUUGGUUCGGUUGUCAAAGGAAAUUGCCGUGUGGAUGGACAAGAAAUUCCAGUUGCAGUGAAGACACUGAAACAACAAGAUGGAUUCCCUAACAACACAUCUGAAAUUAUGAAAGAAGCUGGGCUCAUGACGAGAUUAGAUAAUCCAUAUAUUGUCAGAAUGAUUGGCAUGUGUCAAGGAGGUGAAGGUGUUAUGAUGUUAGUAUUAGAGUUAGCUGAGCUGGGACCACUUAAUAAAUAUCUUAAAGAAAAUACGAUGAUGAGGUUACGGAACAUAAUUGAAAUAAUGCAUCAGGUUGCCAUGGGGAUGCAGUAUUUGGAAGAGCAGCAGUUUGUGCACAGAGAUCUUGCUGCUAGGAAUGUCCUCUUGGUUACAGAAACAUAUGCCAAGAUUUCAGACUUUGGAAUGUCAAAAGCACUUGGUCUUGGCAGUGACUAUUAUAUUGCAGAGUCAGCAGGUAAAUGGCCACUAAAAUGGUACGCCCCAGAAUGUAUAUAUCGCUUUAAGUUUAGUAGCAAAGGUGAUGUCUGGAGCUAUGGUGUAACUUUGUGGGAAGCCAUGUCAUUUGGUAAAAAACCUUAUGCU